AUGGAGAACCCUCACGCCGAACGACAAGCAGUUUUGCUAGAGCGUAUUCUCAAGAAUGCUUCGGCGUGUACAGAGAUGAUCCUCGAGCUGAACCACUGUGUGGAGGAAAUACUUCGUGCCAAUGCUUCUGUGAAGAUCGCAGCAGAUUUGGCGACCAAAUACCGCAAAAAUGUCCAGUAUAAUCUAGCAGCAACAACUUUGCACUCCGAGGCUCCGUAA